UUCAAAUAAGCCGCAUUUCUGGUUUGCAGAAUGAAUAAAAAAUUCCUUCAAAAAAUAUUUAAUAACGGCUUGAUAAGUGUUUGUUUUAGCCUUUCAUAUCCUUGCCUUCCUACAUCGUAUUAUUUGCUCUAAUACUGGUAACACAUACAAAACACCUACCAAUCGCACUACUACCCAACACGUCCAAGCAAGCAAUGACUUCACCAAUUAGCAACGAUGAUGUACAAGCAGUCACAGAUAUACUGCGGCUGCUCGAUAGCGCCGAAAAUAACGAUCUGGUGAGGUUUCUAGAGUCUGAGCGCAACGAGCUUUUCACGUUUCGCCGCCGAACAGACCAGUACGAGUGUGCGAUUUUAGAGCUUAGAGACCACCUAGACCGCAUCUAUGCUGUUGUCGGCGGUCUCAGCGCCCUGCCAAUGUCCGAAACCACGCGGGAGGUUCUGAAAAUCAUCGGUGGGCAGACACACAGUAAUGAUGGUCAUCACAGAUCGUUGGUACAAAUGCCCAUGACGCCGCCGACUCUGGGAAACGGCAGCAGCCGGUCAGCAGUGUCAAAUAUUGCAGCUGUCAUAAACCCAUCUCCGGAGAGUUCGCCAGAUAUGAGGUUUGGAGUUGAGCAUUUGCCGUGCGCUCCAAAAACCCCGUUUGUCAAACAAACGACAACCGAUAUAGCAGGAACCCGCUUUGCUGAAAAGGCCAUUCAGACCGCAAAUGCUGACCACCAGCACGUACUAUCCGAUUUACAACAUACCAUAGCCUGCCAGCGCACGGAUAUCAGAGACCUCGAGACGUCUCUGCGAGAGUGCAGAGCACAGGAGCUAAAAAUGUUUGCUGCAACUCCCAAUUCCACCGGACUGCGUCGUAUAGAGUCGAGCGUGGUGGGUAACAAUAAUAUACUGGCCCACCUGCACACCACAGACAACGCCUUGCCCGGCGAUCAGCAGCAGCAGGGAAUAUUGAUGAGCCAAAGACAGAUCUCUUCCACCAGGGUGUCGUGCGACUCCAGCAUUUCUAGUAGCACGUCGUCUGCUUCGACAGGAAUCAAUGAUAGUCAGAUGCCCUAUUCUCGGCGCAGAUAUGCGCUCAGGCCUUCGCGGUUUGUAAACGGGUGGCCCGUGUACGAUGAAGAGGUCGAUAAGACCGACUACAGAACAACCGACAAGGAUAGUGUCAUAGAUGCAAUGCCUGCCGCCUCUGUUAAAGACAGCAUCAAUAUUGAGAUCGAAACCGCCACCAUACCCAGCUUUUCAGAUUUCCCAGAGGCCCCGCACACGCACAUGCUCAUGCACAUGCACACGCACACUGGCGCAGUAACGUUCAGGUCAAGUGUUGCAUCAGAGCUGAAUGGCGACGGUGCCUACAACACCAACACUGUAAAUGUAACUAAAAUGACCACGCCCCAGCUGUUCCGCUCGGUCAUGGGCAAGGCGCCCCGGCGGAUUUACUCGCGACUGACCAACCGACUCAAGAAAAUACCAUGAAAACACUUAAAUUAUUCCACACCUAAGUGUCAAUAGCAAUAUAUAACAAUGUAAUUAAAUU